CAGCAUCGAGCGAAGUAUGAAUCUAAAUAAUUAUUAAAGAGUAAUUUAUGAUGUCUUCUCUUACCAAGUGUCCUAUCUUCCCAUAUUGCGUGACAACAAUGAAAAUCUUGUCAGAGAAUCCUUGAAUGAGGAUCUCAGUCUUUACAUCAUUUACAUUGAUCGCAACUUGCUUAUUUAUUAUAGGAAAUUCUUUUUUCUCCAUUUCAAGAACAACCCAUUGCUUUGCCUGUCACACUUGGAUUAUUGAAUUAUCCCUGGGACUCUUUUUUUUUUUUUUCUAUCUUUUUAACAAUGGUCAAAAUCAGUAAAGCAUUCGCAGCUUCCUUUGGUGCCUUAGCAGGUGGUGCUGCAGGGUUUUAUUUAUUAGAAAUGUACAAGAUUCAGUCAAAGGAACAAAGAUUAGCAAUGUUGAUAGAAAAGAAAAAAGAAUAUGAACAAUUACAAAACAAGGAGAACAGUGUUAUUAAUUCUUCACAAUGAGAAUCAAGUCGCAAUAUAAAGAACAAUUAAUAAAGUACGAUUACAGUCCUGUAAGAAUACCCUAAAAAAAGAAUUUGUUGGACAGACAGCUUGUAAACAGGUUAAAGCUGGAGCCCCUACGGUUGAAUACGACCAAUUCGCUAGGGGGAGCAUCAGUUGUGCUUGAAUCAUCAUUCUCAGCGCAUUCAACUAGGAUUCAUAUCCUCAUUAUUAUUCUUUUAUCAAUAAACAUCAAUGUACAUCUUUCAAAGUCUUUUUGUUCUUUUAUGUUUAUAAAUUAUGAGUAAUAAAGUCAUAAUGUAUGUAUAGCUUUUACUGAU